AAGCGGAAGCUGCGCCGGAAGCGGAAGCGGGUUUGUCUCGACGGAGGCAGGGCCCGGCGGCGCCAUGUACACCCCGGGCGGGCCGGGGCUGCCCGGCGGGCGGCGGCGGCGGGGGGGAGCGGCGGGGGGAGGCCUGCCCAAGCAGCCGGAACGCAGCCUGGCCUCGGCGCUGCCCGGCGCCCUCUCCAUCACGGCGCUCUGCACGGCGCUGGCCGAGCCCGCCUGGCUCCGCAUCCACGGCGGCACCUGCGCCCGUCAGGAGCUGGGAGUCGCCGAUGUCUUGGGCUACGUCGACCCCGAGCUGCUGCGAGAUUACUGCAUGAACCCGCAGACGGUGCUGCUGCUCCGGGUCAUCGCUGCCUUCUGCUUCCUGGGAAUCAUCUGCAGCCUCUCGGCAUUCCUCCUGGACGUCUUCGGCCCCAAACACCCGGCGUUAAAGAUCACCCGCCGCUACGCUUUCGCUCACAUCCUCACAGUCCUGCAGUGUGCCACCGUCAUCGGGUUCUGCUACUGGGCCUCGGAGCUGAUCCUCGCCCAACAACAGCAACACAAAAAAUACCACGGUUCCCAAGUCUACGUCACCUUCGCCGUCAGUUUCUACCUGGUGGCGGGGGCCGGGGGGGCCUCCAUCCUCGCCACCGCCGCCAACCUGCUGCGCCACUACCCCACCGAGGAAGAGGAGCAAGCCCUGGAGCUCCUCUCCGAGAUGGAGGAGAACGAACCUUACCCGGCCGAGUACGAAGUCAUCAACCAAUUCCAGCCCCCCCCGGCGUACACCCCCUGACGGCGCCGUGGCUUUUUCCCUCCCCCCCCCACCCCAGCCUCCAAAACUCCCCUUUUUCUCGGCAAAAUCCCUCCCCAUCUCCCGAAAGAACUUCGCCGCUCGCUCGGACGACCGACGUUAUUCUUCCUCCACCUUGAUUUUAUCAACUCGGCGGCGGGGGCCGGGGCGGGGGGGCCGUUUUUGAACCUUCCCCUGGGCCCAAAUAACCCCGGAUUCCGCUCUGCUCCCUCUGGGAUCUCCCCCUGGGAAGCGGCGGGGAGGGGGAAAAAAUCCCGCUGGAUUCCCAGCCCACCGCGCCGUGGAUUCCAUCCCUCCUCCAAACACCCGGAGGAAGGUGUGACGCGUGUGUAUAUAUUUAUGUGUGUGUAUAUAUAUAUAUAUAUAUUUCGGGGGGGGGGGGGGGGG